AAUUCCGGUUAGCUUUCCUCCGCCGCUACCUUGCAGCUCAGUCUGCUAUUUCCAUCGUCGGCGACAGUUAUGCUUUCAGCAUCCCAUGUUCUACGCGUUCAGCGCGUAGCUGUAUCACGCGGGAAGCGUGCUUUGCAUGACUUGGUGACGCUUCCUAACCGUAAACCAAUCAUUUCGUCCGGGACACCUGGUUACAGCGCAGUGAGCGGCCAUGUUGUCACCGUCUUUGGCUGCACUGGAUUUCUCGGACGUUAUCUCGUCUCGAAACUUGCUCGAAUGGGUACACAGGUCAUCGUGCCUUACCGCGAGGAGGAUGAGAAGAGGCACCUCAAACCAAUGGGCGACCUUGGCCAGAUAGUCUCCAUGGAAUGGGAUAUCCGGAAUGACGAACAAAUUGCUGAGUGUUUAAGGCAUUCCGACAUUGUUUACAACCUUGUCGGCCGACAAUAUGAAACCAAGAACUUUAAAUACUCUGACGUUCAUGUUAGCGGGGCGGAGAGGAUCGCAAAAAUCGCGGCACAAGCAGGAGUACCACGCCUAGUACAUGUUUCUCAUCUGAAUGCUUCGACGUCUUCCCCGUCGCAUUUCUACCGAACCAAAGCUGAGGGCGAAGAACGGGUCAGGGAUGCGUUCCCCGCUGCUACUAUUGUCCGCCCUGGCCAAAUGUAUGGCUGCGAGGACAAGUUCUUGAAUAAUAUGGCUAGUUGGCCUAUCUGGUGGAAGCUCAACCACGGAGAAACUAAAAUUCGACCAGUUCACGUUAUGGACGUCGCUCAAGCUUUAACCAAUUUGAUGACGAUCCCCCAAAUUCCCGGCACUAUUUCCCUUCCUGGACCAAGGACGUUGACGACGGAGUACCUGUUAGACAUGGUAUCUUCCUUGACAUAUACACCGCCGUCGAGUGCACCCGUGCUACCCAAGUCUAUUGCGUUGGCCCUUGCUAAGGUUGCUCAGGCACCGUGGUGGCCGCUCAUUAGUCCUGAUGAGGUCGAGAGGCGCUAUAUAGAUGACGUGGACGUUCCAGGCGAUUGGGAAACUGUAGGGGUGACUCCUGACGAGAUCGAGAACCAUGCGAUCACGUACCUACGAAGGUACCGUUCGGCAGAGAACUUCGUGCGACCGGUGGUUUUCCCUGCACGGUCCAGCUAGGCGAAUGUCAUUUCCGACUCUCGCGAUUCGUGGACCGUUGCAUCAUACCGUAGGAUAUAUAGAGUCAUAUCGGAUCUUCAUGGGCGUUGCUUAUUGUUCCAUACUGGAGCAAUAAAUGAUUUCAUGAAAGCGUUGCUAGGAUGCGUUAGCUUAAGUGAACCUGUGAACCUAUUCUCAGCAGUCUAAGAAGUCGCUCAAAUGCCA